CCGUUUCUUCUCCACACCCUCAAGAGUUAGCGGAAUUGCCACGCGAGUCCUCCAAGUUUCUCCCGCCGCGAUGGAACCAUCCGGUUCAGGAGCGGAACCGGUCGAGGACGAGCUCAUCCAAGAACCGGAGGGGCGCCCCAAGUCCAACGCCUCCUCCAAUGGGGCCCCGAGCGCCGCUGUGCCGCCACCUCCCCGCGCGACGCCCCUCCACAUCGAGCGACCCCGCCGCGAGCAGGCCGGAGGCGGCGCCGAUGGAUCGAGCUCCGCCGCGGCGCGGGUCGACCGGAAGGACAAGGGGGCGCUGCCGCCCAAGGCCAUUCCUUCUCCUCCGAGCUCCGGGGGCAGCAGCAGCUCCUCCACCCCCUCCCUCGACUACGCCGCCGCAUUCAGAGCCGGGGCCUUCGGAGGCGGGGAGUCGAGCACCGCUGCGGGCGGCAGCAAGGCGCGGGUGACGUGGAGUGACCCCGCGGCGACGGAGACGAGGGAGGUGCCCAACGCGGCGGCGCAUCCGUUCGACCCCAAGUUAGUGUCCAGGCAGCGGCUGCUGAAAGCGCAGGCGGCUGUAGAUGAGGAGAAGAGCCGACGGGAACAGCAGUUCAACUCGUUGCGUGCGGAAGAGGCGAUGCAUAGGAAGGAGCAGUCUCUUGAUCAAUACAAGCAGUGGUUCGAUUCACAGAAGAAAAGAGGCUACUCCAAUGAGUCGAGCUCCUCCGCGACAGGGGUCAACCGGAACGGCAAGGGGAUGUUGCCUCCCAAGGUCAUUCCUUCUCCCCCGAACUCCGCAGGCAGCAGCAGCUCCUCCACCCACUCCCUCGACUACGCCGCGACAUCGAGAGCCGGGAGGCGGGGAGACAAGGGAGGUGCCCAAUGCGGCGGCGCAUCCAUUCGACCCCAAGCUGGUGUCCAGGCAGCGGCUGGUGAAAGAGCAGGUGGCCAUCGACAAGGAGAACAGGCAAUGGGAACAGCAGGUGAUGGCCUCUGCGACGUGCUGUUAUUGUUUCUUGGAUUUCUUGGAGUCUCUGGAGUGCGUGCUUGAGCAUUUCUUGGUUUCCUCUUGAGCAGUUCAAGGUGUUGCGCGCGGAAGAGGCGAUGUAUAGGAGGGAGCAGGUAUGCAUGCAUCUGGUCUUCUUGCUUGCUUGGAAUGUGAAUUGUGGUCUCUAAGUCUGUUAAAAUGUUGGGGUUGGGGAUGAUUUAGAAUGUGGAAUCUGGCAAAUGUUGGGGACAGUUUGACGAUUAAGCAUUUCCUGAUAAUUACUCGAGUUCUUCUUGCGGUGUGUUAUCAGAUUUAGAGGCAGGCAAGGAUCUAAUUCGAAACUGUUCAAAAUUUAGAUGUCCAGGCUUGUGCUAGUUGGUUCUUCUCUUUGGUAUGAUAGCAUGUUUUGCACUUUUGCUGCAAGUGAAAAAAUUUAUAGGUUCCAAGUCUGUUUCGUAAAAGACUAGUUAUCUUCAGCAUUUCUGCCAGCAAGUUGUCAGUAUAAAAAGACGUUUCAAAGUUCAAAUCAAGAAAAAUGCCAGUGGAAAAUAUCUUGUGCUACGCCGUUGGUUUUAAGAAAUUACAAGAAUUUGGGUGAAUGUUUCAUUUAGUGCAAGUCCAGAACAUCAUGUAUUCAUGUUUAACAGUCGCAUUCAAUCAAAUGAACUGAACCUUUACUGCUACUUCAUCGUUUAUGACACUUACAUGGAAUCAAAUUUAUUUGUCUAUCUUUACCUCUUUAGCAAUACUAGAUAGAUAAUUAUGCUGGUGUUGUUAGGCUGAUCCACUGCAUGGGGGAGUAAUGGACGAUUGUAGUUUAUUAGCUUCUUUAUAUGUAACUGACAAUCUUUCACCAUUGCUUCAUGUUACACUAAAUGAGCCGCGUGAGUUACCCUUGAUUUUCUGCUGCAUGUCUCAACUUUGUUCUUCAUAGCUAAUGUUCUACCCAAAAGUGGAAAACUGUAUUAUGAUAUUAUGCCAAAACAGUAAAUCAUAAAACUGCAGCAGUUUUGUACGGUUGUAUCUUUAUAUU